AACGGCGCGCGCGCACCGCGACUUUUUUCCUGACAUUUCUAAUUCGGCCACCGCGUCGCGCGGACGUGUCAGUUGAUGGAGCACUUUUACUAAUCGGUUGUGUGAUAAUGUGUCGUGAUUGCUGAAAGUUUCUGUCCAAGAUGGCGCUGAAAAAGCGCUGUGUUGUGCUUUUGUUGCUGUCUGUGCUUCUGGCGGAAGGCUACAGUCCGAGAGAAUGUGGCGUAUCUCUCCGGCGGCACACGAGACAGCCGCGAGAGAGGUCGGCCGGCCAGCUGCGCAUCAUCAGGGGCCGCGAGUCCAAGCGAGGGGCCUGGCCUUGGCAGGUGUCUCUACAACUCCUGCACCCAAACUACGGGCUGAUCGGGCACUGGUGUGGAGGCGUGCUGGUGCACCCGCUCUGGUUGCUCACCACCGCACACUGCAUCCAUAAUGAGCUCUUCAACCUGCCAGUGCCAGCCCUGUGGACAGCAGUGCUGGGAGAGUGGGACCGCGCGGAACAGAAGGGAUCCUACGUACCUAUCGAGAGGAUUGUGCUCCAUCACCGCUUCCACAACUACCAGCAUGACAUCGCACUCAUGAAGAUGACAAAAGCAGCUGACGUCAGCGCCGGCAGCAAGAUCCGCACCAUCUGCCUCCCGCCCUUCGAGCCUCCCGUCUCCAACUAUAACGAGAAAGGCUCCGCUUUCUUCAUGAGACCCGAGACCAGUCCUGAACCUGUAAAGAAGAAGACCCACAAACCACCCAAACCCAACCCAGAUACUGCUGUAAAGUAUUUGGAGAAACUGGGGAAUCUAACCAAGAGUUUAUUCUCCGGUUUCACCAAAAAACACAAGAACUUGCGGUACAACGUCCGUGUCGCCAACGACAGCAAGAAAGAAUCCGACAAAAACGAAGAACUAUACAGAAGUGACAAUGAAAAUAGUGAUAUUGUGUACGACAGUGCCACUUUAGAUAGUGUAGUGAGACUUAUUAAGAAUCAGUUAGCCAAAGACGUUCCAAAAGUGAAUGUGAAUGAUAGAAGUGACAAAAAGUUAAUGUUUGGUGAAGAAAUAGACCCGUUUAUCGAUGAUAGCAAUGGUUUAGACUUUAAGGAUGAGUGUUAUGCUACAGGUUGGGGGAGAGAACAGACGAAUGGGACUUUGACAGAUGUGUUAUUGGAAGCAGAAGUGCCAGUUCUUCCGUUAAGAAUUUGCAGGGAUAGAUAUUCCUUAACUUUACCCUUGAAUGAGGGGCAUUUGUGCGCUGGUAGCACAGAUGGCAGCACUGGAGCCUGUGUGGGUGACAGCGGAGGGCCUCUCCAGUGCAGAUCGAGAGGACGCUGGGAGCUUCGAGGACUGACCUCCUUCGGGUCUGGAUGUGCGAGGCGGGGAGUGCCAGACGUGUACACCAAUGUAGCGCAUUAUGUGUCUUGGAUCUAUACCCAUGUGUACGCUACAUACAAAUAAGCCUACCUGGAUGAUAUGAUAAUAGUGACAAAUGCGUAUCAAGAGCAUUUUUGUAGAGCAGAGAGUCUGUCACGGACACUUUCAAAUUGGCAAUUGGUAUGUUGUAGAUUCAUGAAUGAAUUAAUCAGGAUUUGUUAUCAAUGUGACAGUAUAAAGAUCGGCCAUAGCAAGAUUUAAGCUUUUAGUAAAUGCUUUAUCGUUUACGUAAGUCCUGGAAAAUAUUGAUUGGCAGAGAAGAUUACGCAAUAUUCUGUAGGAAAACUGUUUAAUUAUGUCACCUUUAGAUACCAUUGAAAGAAGUAUUGAUUGUCACCUUAUAGGUGAUAAAACACCAGCUUAAAAAAUAGUUUAACAUAGUUACCAAUACUUACCUGUUUAAAUACCUGAAAUAAAAUAAUUAAAUAUAUUUUUAAGAAAUAAUAUUUCCAUUGUUGAUGUUCAAAAACUUGCCAUUUAAAAAAACAUUGGAUAACUUCAGAGAUGUGAAAACGAAAAAUAAUUUGAAUAUUUGCCAUUGGAGUACAAUUUCUUUUUUAGUAUUAGGUAAUAAUAUAGUUAAAUGUUUAUUUACCUUGGUUAUCUAUUUAUAUUAACCAUGUC